AUGCUGGCUUCUUUUGUUUUAUUUUUGUUUUCUUUGGUUUGUUCUUUGGUUGAUGCUCACACUGAUAAUUUUGUUCUCGUCAAAGAACUCGCCCAGAAAGCAGGGGUUAAUUUAGAUCUGUCGGGGACACAACAGUAUGCCAUAUACGAAAUCUGGUAUCGGAAACAUAUCCUCCAGAAAAUAAUCCCAUAUAAUUACCAUAUGCGACUGAUAGUCGGUCGCGUCAAAUGCAAGGAUGAAAACAAUUGCGAUUUUGCCGCCCAAGCGUUUGACAUGAACAAGGAACAAGGCACAUGUUCCUAUUUACUUGGUGCAGAAAUCUACCAAACUUCGCGAAAAAGCCCUUGGGUGCUCAAUCAUCGUUACGAUAGGAAACUCGCAAGCCAUGUGAAGCUACCUGAAACGAACCAGUACGAAUGGGCUGGUCCGACUAAGAACCUAGAGUUUGGCGAGAUAUAUGCUAUUGGCGAGGAAUAUUGCAACCUAUACCCAACAUAUAGCCUUUUAUUCAACAAUUGCCAUGACUUUGCCUACUGGUUGUACGGAGAAAUCAAACAGAAAUAG